AUGACGGACGCUGGUUUCUUCAGGGGUACCAGUGCGGAGCAAGACAACCGCUUCGCAGACAAACAGAAGAAGCUUCUGAAGUCGCUCAAGUUCGACGAUAGCCUCUCCACGAAAGUAGACAUGCAAAAAGUGCAGCUGGACUCGCUGAAGCCCUGGAUCUCUCAGAAAAUCACACAGUUCCUGGGUCUCGACGAUGAGCUAGUCGUUGACUUCGUCAGCAAUCAACUCGAAGACACACGCUAUCCAGAUCCCAAGCUCAUGCAAAUCAACCUCACGGGAUUCCUCAAUGGCAAGGACGCGAGGAUUUUCAUGGGAGAGCUCUGGAGCAGACUGGCCUCGGCUCAGAAUUCUAAGGGCGGAGUCCCCCCGGAAUUGCUCGAGAAGAAAAAAGAAGAGAUCAGAAAGAUACUGGACGAGCAGCGCACGACCACCGAGAGCCAUGGAAGAGAGUCAUCACCAAGCCGCAAGAGAAGCCGGAGCCGCGACCGCCUAGAGCGUAAUAGAGAUCGUAGGAGGUCACGCUCGGGAUCUUAUCGCAAUGGUCGCGAUCGCAGGGUGAGCCCUCAUCAGAGACCAGCUGAUUCUGUUCAGAACAAACGGAGCUACAGGAGCAACCGAGACAAUUCAGGAUCACCGAGACGGAGCGAUCGUCGGAGCCCACGCCGCGACAGUCCCAGACGGGAUCGACGCCGCAGGGAUGACAGACGGUCAACAUCACGAUCCCGGGACAAGAGAGAUAGACGAAGUCCGAUCAGGAGGGGUUCCCCCCGAAGGAGGUCACCGAGACGAGACUCUCCUCGAAGGAGGAUGGCGAGUCCUCGGAGGAGAUCACCAAUCCAGUCCCGAAGAUCGCCUAUCAGAAGGCAGUCACCUUCGCCUGAGGAGCCGUUCUCCACCGCCACUGAGCAGAAGGAGCCGAUCGCCUCCACUUGCGAGCAGAAGGAGCCGAUCGCCGCCCCCCGUGAGCAGAAGAAGCCGAUCGCCGCCAGCCGUGAGCAGAAGGAGUCGAUCUCCGCCCCCAGUGAGCAGAAGGAGUCGAUCUCCGCCCCCAGUGAGCAGGAGGAGUCGAUCUCCGCCCCCAGUGAGCAGGAGGAGUCGAUCUCCGCCCCCAGUGAGCAGAAGGAGUCGAUCUCCGCCCCCAGUAAACAGGAGGAGUCGAUCGCCGCUACCCACAGCAGCCCGUGUGAGCCGCCAGGCGUCUCAAGACGAUCAAGCUCACCAGAAGUACCGGCCGUAGCCCCGAGACGUAAAGACGUUGCGCCUUUGCCCCCCUCCACGAAGGCCAGUGUUCAGCCGGCAGAGAGCGACGAAGAGCAAGCCAAGCGUAAGUCCAAGGACAAAGGAUCGGAAUCCGAAGAAGAUUCUCAUGGAGAGUCGAAGCGAGACAAGAAGAAGAAAAAGAAGAAGAAGCACAAGAAAGAGAAAAAGAAGUCCAAGAAGUCCAAGAAAGAGAAGAGAGCCAAAGAGAGCGAUGACGACUCAGACUCAGAUGAGGAUCCCGAGCGAAAAGAAAGAAUCCUCAGAGAGAGAGCUCUGAAGUCCUUGAAGAAGGCUCGUCGAGACGAAACUUCUAGUGAUUAA